AUGCUCGGUGUCUUCCGCUCCAUCAUCAAAUGGAUUCGCUCCCCUUGCGGCGGAGGCAACCGGGAUGAUGGCCUCAUCUGGGUCGACCCAGAGCUCGACAGGUCCUUCCGAGGUCCCACCGACAACCUCACUUAUGUGCGUCCCCUGCGCGACCCUCACUUCCGUGUCGUUAACGGGCGCCAGAUGGGUGUCGAACCCCACCCCAGCCAUCGCAUGCGCCGGGUCCAUUUCAAGUAG